UACUCGGCAUGACAUAUCACUCACCGGAUAUGCAUCCGUAGCAACAUAGUCUCUAUCUCUAUUCACUCCCUUAGAUUACAGCCGAUACACACCUUCUCGCCCGUGGGUUUCCCUUUCCCUGGACGCCCCCUCCCUCUCCUCCUCUUCAUCCGUCCUAUAAAAGGAACCACCACUGCCUUCCUCCUUCCGUCUUUUUUUGUUCUAUUCUCUCUUAAUCAUCAUUCUUCACGCAAACCAAAGACGCAGCUUGCAAACAGACACGCAACUCGCAAACGCAGAAACAACCGCAAACAACCUUCUCUCCGAACGGCAUCCCCACACACCUCCACGCUUCACCACUUGAACUCGACACCGCUCGACACCUCUUCAAUGCAAGUCUCAACCUUCUCAAACAGCACAGCAGCACAGUAUCCCUACAAUCCCGACAUGUUCUCUGCCACUUCUCCACAGCAGGCCCCAGCCCAGUAUACCCUUCGCUCCCAGCCUGAGCAGAACCAACAGCAGCAGAAUUCCGAAGACAUGUUCUUCGCCCUCGAGCGCCUUCUGAUGGGCAUCUCCCCCUUCCCCCCUUCCAUGCCCACGCUCGCCAAACCCACCUGCCCUUCCCUUGACGACCAGAUCAUGGCUGAUAUCCAGGCCGCGCCUUCCUCCAUCCCCUCCAUCAUCCUCAACGAGCAAUCUCUCGAUCUCCUCCAGCAGCAGUACGCUCCCGUCUCCACUCACACCAACUCUGCCUUCCACUUCCCUCAGCACGAUCAGUCCGACUGCUCCUCGACCUCCAGAUCUGUUUCCCCUCCUUCGUCCCCUUACAGCAUCUCCUCGUCCUCGGUCUCCUCCCCUGCCAUCCCCCUACUCGAUAGCAACAGCAGCCCCAUGUCCUCGGAUUUGUAUUGGAUGGCUCCUUCCACCGCAAACACUCCGAUGGUUGCACAGCAGCAAGCACAACAACAGGAAUGGGAGUACUCGCUCUUUGACCAGAUGAGCCUGCCCUUGACCAUGACCGACUUCCAGAACUAUGUUGCCCCCUCCGCUACCGAGAACACACCCUCGUUCUUGAGCCAGCCUCAACAACAGCACACUUCUCAGUUGUCGGCAAAGUCCUCUCUCAAGCAGGCCAUCUCUACCAAGCAAUCAAAAUCUCACCACCGCCGGUCCUCCUCGAGCUGCUCCGCGAUCUCCGCCUACGAGUCCACGGCCCACCGGGAGCACCGCGCCUCCUCAAUCUCCUCCGUCUGCUCCGCAGCCUCCUCUACAACCUCGUCCUCGAAUUCGAACACCCGUCCCGUCAAAUCCUACUCCUGCGAGACCUGCGCGAAGCCCUUCCCGACGCGUACGCAGCUCAAGUCCCAUAUGGCCAUCCACACAGACUUGUUCCCCUUUCCCUGCGUGUAUGCCGGUUGUGAGCUGCACUUCAAGCGCAAGCACGAUCUCCGUCGCCAUGUCGAUGCCAAGCAUGCGCUCGUGAAGAAGUACAUCUGCACCGGUGGUUGCGGUGAAGGAUUUGGUCGUCGCGAUCAGAUGGUCCGUCAUCUCAGAAGGGGAAACUGCGGUCAGGGCCAGGGCUUCCAGACCGAGUGAAAGGAAUGAGAAGGAGAAGAAGGGAGGAAGACUUGCUUUGUAACAUCAUCUGCCAUAUCUACGUAGCAAAGUGCUUGCUAUUAACCUGUACAUUAAAAAGAGACAUAACUUCAACCAUACACACGAACUUAUAAUAACCAUUUGGCUCAACUGAGCGCGCGACAUCUUUGAUGCAAAAUGACAUUUAAAACGCGAACCUGGCAAAAGCUGAAUAAAUAUAUAUAAAUCUGUUAUUUUCAAAGCGCCCACGCUUUGAUGUCGAUAAACUAUCCGUUAUUUAAGAGAAGCAUGCAUAUAUGAACAUGGUGGAUGCUCCAUAGACUCCACCUAGUGCGAUUUUGUAUACCGCGUCUUGCCGUGGUUUCCGAUAGGCACCUCGAUUCAGUAUCUAAGCCCAUUGUGCAUUGCCCAAAUCUACCUUCAAUCAUGCUGGUUCACUAACACGACAUUUCCUUUUAAUACCAUGAAGCCCUGCG